GUUUAUGAUUGGACAGGGCUAGAACACAGUGUUUCUAAACCUGUCUUUGGUUACCUAAGGAGUUCGAACCUGUUUCAUCAUCCUUUGGCCAAAAGUCUCGUCUUCCCGCAGGACGUGGAACAUAACGCAACACACGGUUUAUCAGUUCCACUCCGCAUUAAAGCAUCCCUAGUGCAAAUGUUUAUGCUCAUGUUUUUCAGGACUGUUUAUGAUCUGUGACCGUGAUGUUUUGUUGUUCCGCGAACCAAUGUAUAAGUCUCGGACUUUUACGUUGGAGGUCUCUGGCAUCGUGUCCAAAGAACCUCCAAGACUCUUCCUUGCUGAUUCUGAAGGCGUUCUCGACCUCUCCCUGCGCUUUAACCAAGAAAGAGGUGAGCAAGCCCUUGAAACAGUGGACUCUUGUUGUUAACCCCUUCAGCAAAGUACGGGUUCAACUCCAAUGUAACAUCUCCAUACGACCUCUGGACCCGCACGCUUUCCCCGAGGCGAACCGGGCCUUCAUCACCAUUCAUGGCACCAGCGCAGAUCAAGCCGUCCAACUAGACAACUUCCAGGUGCAGUACGAUGACCAAAACAAGGAACUUUACAUCUUGUCCGAGGUCAACAACAGCAACGUGUCAGUGGAGCUGACCGCUCCCAUUAAAAGUGGUGAGUGUUUUGGUUUGUGAAGUUCAAUCAUGAGUUUAGAGCCACUGUCUGCAUCAUGAAUUAAAGAAGGCCAUUAAGAGAAUAGCUCUAGGUGUACUAACUGUACUAGGAUCAAACUGUCAGCUGAUGCUCAUGACCCCUAGCCAAGCACUCCCCCCCCUCUUAUAAAACAAGUGAUUAGUUAGAUAUGACAGCAAAAUGGUUAGUGAUAUCACAUGUCCUACUUUCUCUCUCUCUCUCUCUCUGUGUGUGUGUGUGUGUGUGUGUGUGUGUUAGACCUUUACAUCACCACUCAAGGAGAGGGCAACGUGCAUGUCCAGAAGAUGGAGUGUGAUACCUGUAGGGUGCAGACAGAGAGGGGGAACUGCGUGCUGCACUCAGUCAAGGUAAAUAUGAACAGGAUUAAAGUCUGUACAGACAAGAGAAAUAUGGUUAAAGUUUGACUAAAACUACAGCCACAUCUGUUAUAUUGGCCCAGCAGCCCCUUCAAUUCUUAUUCAAAGGGCUUUAUUGGCAUGGGAAACAUAUGUUUACAUUGCCAAAGCAAGUGAAUGCAAGUUUGAGGAGACAACUCAACCUAUCCUUUAACCUGGGGCUCUCUAGCCCUGUUACUGGCGAGCUAUGGUUUUCACUCCAACCCUAAUCUAGCACUCCUGAUUCUAAUAAUUAGCUGGUUGAUAUGCUGAAUCGGGUGAGUUAAAACUGGGGUUGGAGCGAAAACCUCCAGGAGGUUACCUCUUCAGGAACAGGGUUGGAGACCCCUGCUUUAACCCUUUACACUCGUUAGAAUUGGCCUAUAUGGAUAGGGCUACAUAUCUAUAUUUUUUUACAGAAGAAAUAUGAAAAGCAUAUGGAUAAACAUGGUAGCAAUUGAAAGGGAACAGUUAGGAGAUUAUGAGAUAAUUAUUAGACCAAAAGGUGAGGACACCAGUUCACCUGACACGAGACUGAAUCCAAACAUUACAUUAACUACAUUUCCAUCCACCUUCUUUCAUGCAAGUAAAGCAGUGGAGCCUCCUCAGAGGAGGAAGGGGAGGACCAUCCUCCUCUGAAUUUCAUAAAAGAUAAACAUUUAAAAAGUUAUCCUUUUUAGAUAAAACUAUACUAAAUAUAUUCACGUCACCAAAUAAUUGAUUAAAACACACAGUUUUGCAAUGAAGGUCUACAGUAGCCUCAACAGCACUCUGUAGGGUAAUACCAUGGUGUAGCCGGAGGACAGCUAGUUUCCGUCCACAUCUGGGUACAUUGACUUCAAUACAAAACCUAGGAGGCUCAUAGUUCUCACCCCCUUCCAUAGACUUACACAGUAAUAAUGACAACUUCCAGAGGAUGUCCUCCAACCUAUCAGAGCUCUUGCAGCAUGAACUGACAUGUUGUCCACCCAAUCAAAGGAUCAGAUAAUUAAUCUAGUACUGAAAGCAUAAACUACAGCUAGCACUGCUGUGCAUAAAAUGUGGUGAGUAGUUGACUCAAAGAGAGAGAGACAAUAGUUGAACAGUUUUAAACAAAUUCAUUAAUUCAAAAAUGAAGGAGAAGCAAGAGAGAGCUAGCUAUAUUUUAUAGUAUUAUUUUUCAACUUUCACUUAAAGUACCAGUCAAAGGUUUGGACACACCUACUCAUUCAAGGGUUUUUCUUUAUAUUUACUAUUUUUUACAUUGUAGAAUAAUAGUGAAGACACAAACUAUGAAAUAACACAAAUGGAAUCAUGUAGUAACCAAAAGAGUGUUAAACAAAUCAAAAUAUAUUUUAUAUUUGAGAUUCUUCAAAUAGCCACCCAUUGCCUUGAUGACAGCUUUGCACACUCUUGGCAUUCUCUCAAACAACUUAACCUGGAAUGCUUUUCCAAUAGUAUUGAAGGAGUUCCCACAUGUUGGCACAUGUUGGCUGCUUUUCCUUCACUCUGCUGUGCAACUCAUCCCAAGCCAUCUCAAUUCGGUUGAGGACGGGGGAUUGUGGAGGCCAGGUCAUCUGAUGCAGCACUCCAUCACUCUCCUUCUUGGUCAAAUAGACCUUACACAGCCUGGAGGUGUGUUGGGUCAUUGUCCUGUUGAAAAACAAAUGAUAGUCCCACUAAGCCCAAACCAGAUGGGAUGGCGUAUCGCUGCAGAAUGCUGUGGUAGCCAUGCUGGUUAAGUGUGCCUUGAAUUCUAAAUAAAUCACAGACAGUGUCACCAGCAAAGCACCCCCACACCAUAACACCUCCUCCUCCAUGCUUUACGGUGGGAACUACACAUGUGGAGAUCAUCCGUUCAACCACACCUCAUCUCACAAAGACACAGCGGUUGGAACCAAAAAUCUCAAAUUUGGACUCCAGACCAAAGGACACAUUUCCCGGGUCUAAUGUCCAUUGCUCGGGUUUCUUGGUCCAAGCAGGUCUCUUCUUCAUAUUGGUGUCCUUUAGUAGUGGUUUCUUUGCAGCAAUUCGACCAUGAAGGCCUGUUUCACACAGUCCCCUCUGAACAGUUGAUGUUGAGAUGUCUGUUACUUGAAAACUGUGAAGCAUUUAUUUGGGCUGCAAUUUCUGAGGCUGGUAGUUCUAAUGAACGUAUCCUCUGCAGCAGAGGUAACUCUGGGUCUUCCAUUCCUGUGGCGGUCCUCAUGAGAGCCAGUUUUAUCAUAGCGCUUGAUGGUUUUUGCGACUGCACUUGAAGAAACUUUCAAAGUUCUUGACAUUUUUCCGUAUUGACUGACCUUCAUGUCUUAAAGUAAUGAUGGACUGUCGUUUCUCUUUGCUUAUUUGAGCUGUUCUUGCCAUAAUAUGGACUUGAUCUUUUACCAAAUAGGGCUAGCUUCUGUAUACAGCCCCUACCUUGUCACAACACAACUAAUUGGCUCAAACGCAUUAAGAAGGAAAGAAAUUCCACAAAUUAACUUAACAAGGCACACCUGUUAAUUUAAAUCAAAUCAAAUCAAAUUUUAUUGGCCACAUGCGCUGAAUACAACAGGUGCAGACAUUACAGUGAAAUGCUUACUUACAGCCCUUAACCAACAGUGCAUUUAUUUUUAAUAAAAAAGUAAAAUAAAACAACAACAAAAAAGUGUUGAGAAAAAAGAGCAGAAGUAAAAUAAAAUAACAGUAGGGAGGCUAUAUAUACAGGGGGGUACCGGUGCAGAGUCAAUGUGCGGGGGCACCGGCUAGUUGAGGUAGUUGAAGUAAUAUGUACAUGUGGGUAGAGUUAAAGUGACUAUGCAUAAAUCAUUAACAGAGUAGCAGCAGCGUAAAAAGAUGGGGUGGGGGGGCAGUGCAAAUAGUCCGGGUAGCCAUGAUUAGGUGUUCAGGAGUCUUAUGGCUUGGGGGUAGAAGCUGUUGAGAAGUCUUUUGGACCUAGACUUGGCCACUCCGGUACCGCUUGCCGUGUGGUAGCAGAGAGAACAGUCUAUGACUAGGGUGGCUGGAGUCUUUGACAAUUUUGAGGGCCUUCCUCUGACACCGCCUGGUAUAUAGGUCCUGGAUGGCAGGAAGCUUGGCCCCAGUGAUGUACUGGGCCGUACGCACUACCCUCUGUAGUGCCUUGCGGUCGGAGGCCAAGCAGUUGCCAUACCAGGCGGUGAUGCAACCAGUCAGGUUGCUCUCGAUGGUGCAGCUGUAGAAUUUUUUGAGGAUCUGAGGACCCAUGGCGAAUCUUUUCAGUCUCCUGAGGGGGAAUAGGCUUUGUCGUGCCCUCUUCACGACUGUCUUGGUGUGUUUGGACCAUGAUAGUUCGUUGGUGAUGUGGACACCAAGGAACUUGAAGCUCUCAACCUGUUCCACUACAGCCCUGUCGAUGAGAAUGGGGGCGUGCUCAGUCCUCUUUUUUUUCCUGUAGUCCACAAUCAUCUCCUUUGUCUUGGUCACGUUGAGGGAGAGGUUGUUAUCCUGGCACCACACGGCCAGGUCUCUGACCUCCUCCCUAUAGGCUGUCUCAUCGUUGUCGGUGAUCAGGCCUACCACUGUUGUGUCGUCGGCAAACUUAAUGAUGGUGUUGGAGUCGUGCCUGGCCAUGCAGUCAUGGGUGAACAGGGAGUACAGGAGGGGACUGAGCACGCACCCCUGAGGGGCCCCCGUGUUGAGGAUCAGUGUGGCAGAUGUGUUGUUACCUACCCUUACCACCUGGGGGCAGCCCAUCAGGAAGUCCAGGAUCCAGUUGCAGAGGGAGGUGUUUAGUCCCAGGAUCCUUAGCUUAGUGAUGAGGUUUGAGGGCACUAUGGUGUUGACUGCUGAGCUGUAGUCAAUGAAUAGCAUUCUCACGUAGGUGUUCCUCUUGUCCAGGUGGGAAAGGGCAGUGUGGAGUGCAAUAGAGAUUGCAUCAUCUGUGGAUCUGUUGGAGUGGUAUGCAAAUUGGAGUGGGUCUAGGGUUUCUGGGAUAAUGGUGUUGAUAUGAGCCAUGACCAGCCUUUCAAAGCACUUCAUGGCUACAGACGUCAGUGCUACGGGUCAGUAGUCAUUUAGGCAGGUUAUCUUAGUGUCCUUGGGCACGGGGACUAUGGUGGUCUGCUUGAAACAUGUUGGUAUUACAGACUCAGUCAGGGAGAGGUUGAAAAUGUCAGUGAAGACACUUGCCAGUUGGUCAGCACAUGCUCGGAGUACACGUCCUGGUAAUCCAUCUGGCCCUGCGGCCUUGUGAAUGUUGACCUGCUUAAAAGUCUUACUCACAUCGGCUACGGAGAGCGUGAUCACAUAGUCAUCUGGAACAGCUGGUGCUCUCAUGCAUGCUUCAGUGUUGCUUGCCUCGAAGCGAGCAUAGAAGUGGUUUAGCUCAUCUGGUAGGCUUGUGUCACUGGGAAGCUCGCGGCUGUGCUUCCCUUUGUAGUCUGUAAUAGUUUUCAAGCCCUGCCACAUCCGACGAGCGUCAGAGCCGGUGUAGUACGAUUCAAUCUUAGUCCUGUAUUGACUCUUUGCCUGUUUGAUGGUUCGUCGGAGGGCAUAGUGGGAUUUCUUAUAAGCGUCCGGGUUAGAGUCCCACUCCUUGAAAGCGGAAGCUCUACCCUUUAGCUCAAUGCAGAUGUUUCCUGUAAUCCAUGGCUUCUGGUUGGGGUAUGUACGUACGGUCACUGUGGGGAAGACAUCAUCGAUGCACUUAUUGAUGAAGCCAGUGACUGAUGCGGUGUACUCCAAUGCUAUCUGAAGAAUCCCGAAAUGCAUUCCAGGUGACUACCUCAUGAAGCUGGUUGAGAGAAUGCCAAGAGUGUGCAAAGCUGUUAUCGAGGCAAAGGGUGGCAAUUUGAAGAAUCUCAAAUAUAAAAUAUAUUUUGAUUUGUUUAACAGUUUUUUGGUUACUACAUGAUUCCAUAUGUGUUAUUUCAUAGUUUAUGUCUUCACUAUUAUUAUACAAUGUAAAAAUAAAGAAAAACCCUUGAAUGAGUAGGUUUGUCCAAACACUGGUAGUGUACUUAGCAAAUCCAGCUAGCUCGUUUAGCUUACUCAAACAGAGAGGGAUGCUAUGGUAGCUAGCUAGCUAUGGCUAUCCAACACUGGAACUCUUCCAAGUCAAGGUAAGCUUUUGGUUUAAUUAAUUUAUUGCCACUAAGGCCCGCCAGUGUAACUGCUUGCUGCUGACUGUACUGCAUGAUUGUUUCUUAAAUAUUGUUUUGUUUAAACCUUUGACACGUACCAACAAACGGGUGUGAUCAUUCUAUAGUGGUUCCUGCAGCGUACGCUCAAACCGGUGUGAUUAGAACGCUUAUUUAGAACGUCCAGUUUCGAUUGACGCAACAGUCAUCGUUGGCCACACUGUUUUUUCACAGAAACAUUUUGCGCAAACACAGUCCUUACAAAGUUAUGUCCUGAAUGUGACCAGUUUAUUUUUGGAUGCAAUGUUCAGACAUUCAUAGAAGUAGCGACAGCAUAACAUAAUCAUCCAAUUCGGAAAAUGUAGGCUAACUUAGUCCUUGCGCUAACUGAGGAAAGAUUGAUGCAACACAAGCGUUCAUAUUUAGCUAACUCUCGGCUGACAGAAACCACAAUAUUAAUUACUAUUUACAAUUCAUCACAUCACGGGUGAGCUCACCAUUGAUCGAAAUAAUUGAGUAAAACACUUUCUAAAAAUCUAAAGUAAUCCGACGAUGGGUAGUUUGUGCGCACCACCAUGUUAGUUUUUUCGCGUCAACCAAAGAUGAUAAGAGGAGACAAGAUGAGUUUGGUCUGUUUGCAGUAUGCAUGUUGAAGGGGGUGUGUCGUCUACGAUCAUUCACUUCUGGAAGUUUACUCAAAAGAUGAGUGAACCAUUCCUUCCCCUCAUUAUAACAUCUUUGGUCUGACAGACGUUUACGUGACACCCAGAAUGCAUUGUAUAAUAUCAACAAUCAUGGCGCCACACAUAGCUUAGCAUUAGCUCAUCAUAAUCAGUACAACCUUCAAAAAAGUAUUUUACACACAUCAUAGGUGUCCAUUACAAUCCAUGCAAUAAUCGGAAUGCAUGAUUUGUCACCAGUACUUGAAAACGUGAAUAAAACAGUAAAUACAUUAUCAUACAUACAUACGGUAUGCUACAGUAGAAACGACAACACAAUAUACAGAAAAUAAGGCACUUACUUUGAUAGGAAUGCACACAUGUUCAAAGUUAUUAUUUGUAAGGAAAACAACAAUGAAGGUAAUGUGAGCGCCAGCCAGAAAAUGUGCCACGGGGAAGAAAUUUGUGCACAACUGCACAAAUGUUUGCAUACUUGAUCUGCGGAAACACUGGGGAAGUGCUUGGGGUCUCCUCGAGAAGUUUGUCCGGCUCAGUAAAGCCUCAAACAUAAAUUGUCCACAACAGUGAAAUGGGCUACUUCUAUGUGAAUUAAUGAGGAGGCGGAACACACCUCAAUUCAAACUGUUGUUAGAAAAUAAUUAGAAAUUGACAAGUUGAAACAACCCGCGCUGCCUGCUAAUUAACUAUAGGCUAACUGUCCUGUUACGUAACAAUCACAUUUUGGAACAGUGAGUGCAUUCUGACAUCACGUGUAUAAAACAACUCACGUUGGGGCGACCGUUAGAGAUAUUUGGAACUCACACGUGAAAAGGUUAAUUUAGAUUUAUCAGGGGGAGCUGCACCCUCAGCACCCCUACUUCCCGUGGCUAUGCCUAGAAGGCUAGGGGGGAUUAGGUAUUGCUUGGGCAUGCCUCUUUCUUCUUGUGUGGGUUUUGGGGGCAAUGGGAGGAGAGCUAAACAAAUAUUUCCAUCGUAAAAAAUCUCCUAUUCUAUUCUACAGGGUCACCACGUGCAGGUACAGUCCCAGGGAGGCAACGUCACUGGGGUGGGAACCAUCCAUGGCAACGUGGACAUCAGCACCUCUGGACACAGUGUACAGUAGCUGCUGUUAUACUCUGACUAUGAGACCUACCCUACCCAAUGAUGUGUUUAUUUUAUUUAAGUAUAUACAGUUGAAGUCGGAAGUUUACAUACACUUAGGUUGGAGUCAUUAAAACUCGUUUUUCAACCACUCCACAAAUUUCUUGUUGACAAACUAUAGUUUUGGCAAGUCGGUUAGGACAUCUACUUUGUGCAUGACACAAGUAAUUUUCCCAACAAUUGCUUACAGACAGAUUAUUUCACUUAUAAUUCACUGUAUCACAAUUCCAGUGGGUCAGAAGUUUACAUACACUAAGUUGACUGUGCCUUUUAAACAGCUUGGAAAAUUCCAGAAAAUUAUGUAAUGGCUUUAGAAGCUUCUGAUAGGCUAAUCAUUUGAGUCAAUUGGAUGUGUACCUGUGGAUGUAUUUCAAGGCCUACCUUCAAACUCAGUGCCUCUUUGCUUGACAUCAUGGGAAAAUCAAAAUAAAUCAGCCAAGACCUCAGAAAAAUAAUUGUAGACCUCCACAAGUCUGGUUCAUCCUUUGGAGCAAUUUCCAAACGCCUGAAGGUACCACGUUCAUCUGUACGAACAAUAGUACGCAAGUAUAAGCACCAUGGAACCACGCAGCCGUCAUACUGCUCAGGAAGGAGACGCAUUCUGUCUCCUAGAGAUGAACGUACUUUGGUGCGAAAAGUGCAAAUCAAUCGCAGAACAACAGCAAAGGACCUUGUGAAGAUGCUGGAGGAAACCGGUACAAAAGUAUCUAUAUCUAUAUGGCAUUGCUCCAAAACCGUCAUAAAAAAGCCAGACUACGGUUUGCAACUGCACAUGGGGACAAAGAUCGUACUUUUUUGAGAGAUGUCCUCUGGUCUGAUGAAACAAAAAUAGAACUGUUUGGCCAUAAUGACCAUCGUAAUGUUUGGAGGAAAAAGGGGAUGGCUUGCAAGCCGAAGAACACCAUCCCAACCGUGAAGCACGGGGGUGGCAGCAUCAUGCUGUGGGGGUGCUUUGUUGCAGGAGGGACUGGUGCACUUCACAAAAUAGAUGGCAUCAUAAGGAAGGGAAAUUAUGUGGAUAUAUUGAAGCAACAUCUCAAGACAUCAGUCAGGAAGGUAAAGCUUGGUCGCAAAUGGGUCUUCCAAAUGGACAAUGACCCCAAGCAUACUUCUAAAGUUGUGGCAAAAUGGCUUAAGGACAACAAAGUCAAGGUAUUGGAGUAGCCAUCAUAAAGCCCUGACCUCAAUCCUAUAGAACAUUUGUGGGCAGAACUGAAAAGGCGUGUGUGAGCAAGGAGGCCUACAAACCUGACUCAGUUACACCAUCUCUGUCAGAGGAAUGGGCCAAAAUUUACCCAACUUAUUGUGGGAAGCUUGUGGAAGGCUACCCAAAACGUUUGACCCAAGUUAAACAAUUUAAAGACAAUGCUACCAAAUACUAAUGGAGUGUAUGUAAACUUCUGACCCACUGGGAAUGUGAUGAAAUGAAUAAAAGCUUAAAUAAAUCAUUCUCUCUACUAUUAUUCUGACAUUUCACAUUCUUAAAAUAAAGUGGUGAUCCUAACUGACCUAAGACAGGGAAUUUUUACUAGGAUUAAAUGUCAGGAAUUGUGAAAAACUGAGUUUAAAUGUAUUUGGCUAAGGUGUAUGUAAACUUCCGGCUUCAACUGUAUGUGUCGAAUGGUAUGUGUAUUACAGUUAAUACUAGAUAUAAGCUCUUUCUGUGCUCUGUCUGUCUGUAGGCGGUGGAUGUGAAGAAGAUCCAGGGUACUACUAUGAACGUGUCAACAGAACAUGGCCCUCUGAAGGUGAAAGCCAUCUACGCUGAGUCCACCUCCAUAUCAUCCUCUUCAGGGAGGAUACAGCUGGGACACGUACACGGUGAGGAGGGGAGGGCUGCACAUAUAGUGGAUGGUACAUUUAGCAUUGCAUAGUAACACAGCCUUUAUGAGACUUGAAACAUUGUCACCCCAGAGCCUUGUCUUUUAUGAGUCAGUGGUAUUGACAGUGGUUUGCGGAAUACGUUGUGUCGUUGUGAUAUGGGUUGAAUUCACACAUAUACUGGCCAGCACUUUUAGUUAGGGCCCUGAGUUUUUCCUGUUUUCCUGAACACGUGACAUGACCUGCAAAAACCCUGGGCCCUAUUUAUCAGCUAUAACUAAAGCGCAGAGUUUUUCCUAGUCGGGACUGUUUUGGGUUAGUGACUACCAUUAUUCAGACUAGAGACUUAAAUGUUUUCCCUAACUUGGUGUAAACAAGAUGAUUAAGUUGUGGAUGGCCUGAGUGAGUCACUGCUUAGAUAAAUCAAGGUUAGGUAGAGUGAAAGAAGAAGAGGAACCUCUGGCAAAGAAAACAAACAGGAAGAGCAAUAAACAGAGAGAAAGUGAGGCGAGAAGAGGAUGAGUUAGCCAUAAUUCAUGGCGAUUUCCUCUGAGAUAGACAGCCUCUCUGUUCUCCUAGAGGACAUGGAAACCAUUAGCCUGUUAGGUCUCUGGGUGCAUCAGCAUCUCACGUUUAGUUUCUUUUUCAUACAGGCGAUGCCACAGUGCGGAAUGAGACUGGAGAUAUAAUUGUAGGUAAGUGGGCCAAUCCUCUGUGCAACAUUUGAAAACAGAUUGUGUCAAAUUUAGUUUGAGGCUCUUUUAACCAUAACAUUUUUUUACUUUGACCUUUUGCCAGAUGGUUCUAAUAAUGGCUACCUGAAGGUAUUGUCAAACAGUGGAAACAUUGAUGCAUAUGUAGGAGACAGUGGCAGCGCAGAACUCCACUCUCAGCAAGGUAAACAUAAUAUAACAUUCUGGGUGGAUGUACUGGGUAUAGAACGCACAAUAGGAUGAGCCAUAUCUGGUCAUCCCUCUGAAUUGUCUCUGAUCUCUUUCUCUCUCUCCAAUGUUACACAUCUGACCCAGUCUUCUCCUGUCACUGUCUUUCUAUCACUCUUUUCUCCCUCUUGCUUUCUAUUUCUCUCCUGCUUCUUCCUCCCCCUCUCAGGUGCAGUGUCUGUGCGUGUCCCCUCCUCUAUAAGAGCAGGAGUGCAGAUGUGUGGAACGUCAGUAGAGAUCAGCCAAGAGAUAGUCCUUCACCAAGCAGAGAGAGAUUCCAAAGAUGGCAUGACCACUGUCACCGGUCAGUCAUCCCUAUAAAUACUACUAGGACUAAACUCACCAAUGAGUUACACUUACUCCUACUAUGUUUACUCACCCAGUGAGUCAUCACAACUGUACAGUACAUAGUUACUACUAAACUCACCUAAUUCCAUUUAUUCUGCUCUCCCUCUCUAGGCCAUAUGAAUGGGCAGCCCCAGGGUGACCAGUGGAUCAGGGCCCAGGCAGACAGAGGCUCCAUCAGCCUGAAGACACAGAGCUGGUUUGAGUCUCUGAAGCUGGGCAGCUGAGGCUUCACUCCUACGCCUAGGCCCCGUUCCAACACUUCCAAAAAUGUCCUUCCUACCUCAUGUCUACCUAUUGUACUAAGUCCUCAGGGACAAGAAGUGUAGACAUAACCGUCCUUUCUUUAUGUUGAUAGUCACUAUCCCACUGACUGUGACUGUUGGGCAGAGUCCAACCACAUAGUUGUCUUUCUCUAUGUUACUGCUAAGCUGACAUAGGAGAGUGAAAAGAAGAGAGAAAGUUGCCAAAGUGGAACUGAGAGACAGAGAUCAGUGAUACGAUUAACUGAAUUGCCCUCUGGGAGUCUUGACACAUGCAGACAGAGAACUCCAUGAGAGCAGAUUUAAACAAAAUAAAAUAUAAUGGAUGAAGUUAAAGGCAAUGCUACAGAUGUGAUAACGGCUACUAGGCUAUAUUACGUGUCUAAAUACAGUUGCAAAACAUGAUCACGGUUAGUAGAGGUAACUCAGUCAAUAUGUUUCUGCUUUGGCCAACUGUUUUCAUGAGAUGGCUCUAGAAAAUAUAGUGGCAGCCAGGCUAGUUCAGUCAUUGGCUGUUUCCAAAUACCCGCGCUUGAUUUUUAAAUAGUAUGCAUUUUGGGUAGGCGAAAAUAGAACGUUUUAUAGUAUGUGAAAUUUAAAUGUUUUAGCUUUCUUUAAAUUUCAGGAUGUAUACUCAUUUUGGCUUUUCAUCUAGUAGAGUUCAUUGCACACUAGAGAUUUGUCUUGUUUAUGUUAUGACAAACCAGGAGAACCUCACUCUUAAGACUUUCUGACUGAAGGAUUGAAACUGCAAAAUGUACAAAAUGUUUUUAGAUGCUUGGUAAAAUAAUGUGACCAGUGUUUGUUGUUGUUGCCUUUAUUCUAAGCUAUCCAUGGGGGUUGUAUUUAUUGUGAAUUAAAAAAAAACGGGGAAAAGUCAAAUAAUAUUGAGGCAAUUUUGCUUUUUGAUUAAUAUUAUUUCAAUGCAAAAAAUAUUUGCUGUAUGUAAUAUAUUAAAUUCAAUCUGUCCUGUGUUGUAAUGCAUAUAAGAAAUCUAUAUCCUUUCUCCCACUCAGUUGAAAUGGUUUGAUACAAAAGCUUUACAUAAAUGUAUAUACUGCAUUGAUGUUCUGAUAUAAAUUCAAAAAUAUUUCCUAGC